AUAGCCCAUAACACUCACAUUUCCCUGUACAUUUUGUGAUGCGUAAAUCAAAAUCCAAGGCCAAUGUUAUGCCAUGUUCAUCAGUUGCACCUUAGAUGACCCAAAUCUCAUGGAGCCUUCAAGCUUUCCGCCAAAUUUUGAAAACUUGCAUAGACCAAAGGGACCUCAUAAAAGGCAAAUCUUUACACGCCUGUUACGUCAAGUCCCUCAUUCCAGAAUCCACAUAUAUUUCCAACCAUUUCAUCCUCCUUUACUCCAAAUGCAGCCGUCUCUCCGCUGCUCGUAAUGCAUUUGAUCUCAUACUUUAUCCCAAUGUCUUCUCCUUUAACGCCAUUAUAGCUGCCUAUGCGAAAGAAUCACAACCUCACAUUGCUCAUCAGCUGUUCGACAGAAUUCCCCAACCGGACAUUGUGUCGUAUAAUACUCUUAUUUAUGCUUAUGCUGACCGUGGUGACAUAAGGUCCUCGCUCGAACUUCUUUCUGGAGUGAGGAGUGUGGGUUUAGAUAUGGAUGGAUUCACUUUUUCUGCGGUUAUUAGUGCUUGUUGUGAUCAGGUUAAACUGGUGAAACAGUUGCAUUGUUUGGCUAUUUCGGGAGGGUUUGAUAGUUAUGCUUCGGUUAAUAAUGCUUUGAUAUCUGGGUACAGUAAGAAUGGGUUUUUCAGUGAGGCUGAGAAGGUGUUUAGUGGAAUGUGCGGGAAUAAAGAUGAGGUCUCAUGGAAUUCGAUGAUAGUGGCUUACGUUCAGCAAAGGGAAGGUUUGAAGGCGCUGGCAUUGUAUCAAAAAAUGCUGCAUCUGGAGUUAUAUGUGGACAUGUUUACUUUGGCGAGUGCAUUGACUGCAUUUACAAGCAUCGAAGAUUUUCUUGGUGGGAUGCAAUUUCAUGCCCAGUUGAUCAAAAUGGGGUUUCAUCGCAAUGCUCAUGUUGGAAGUGGUUUGAUUGACUUUUACUCGAAAUGCACUACUUCAAUGUUGGAAUCUGAGAAGGUGUUUCAGGAAAUACUUUUGCCUGAUUUGGUUCUUUGGAACACGAUGAUUUCUGGCUAUUCGAAGAAUGAUGAGUUGUCUGAAGAGGCUCUUAUUUACUUCAAGCAGUUGCAACAUGCUGGUCACUUUCCUGAUGACUGCAGCUUUGUUUGCGUGAUAAGUGCAUCUUCUAAUUUGGCAUUGCGUUCACAAGGGCAGCAGAUACACUCUCUGGCAAUAAAAUCAGAUAUCCCAUCCAACAGAAUAGCUGUAAAUAAUUCUCUGGUUGCAAUGUACUCCAAAUGUGGUAAUUUGCAAGAUGCGAGGAGGCUAUUUAAUUGGAUGCCAGAGCAUAAUAGUGUCUCUUUAAAUUCUAUGAUUGCAGGCUAUGCACAGCAUGGGCUUGGAAUCGAAUCUUUGAGACUUUUCGAACAGAUGCUUGAGAAGAAUAUGGCUCCCACCGGUAUAACUUUCAUCUCUGUUCUUUCUGCUUGUGCACAUACUGGAAGAGUUGAGGAAGGGCAGAAAUAUUUCAAUUUGAUGACUGGAAAAUUUCUUAUAAAACCAGAGGCAGAACACUAUUCAUGCAUGGUCGAUCUUUUGGGUCGAGCAGGGAAAUUCAGGGAAGCAGAGAUUCUUAUUGAGUCGAUGCCAUAUAGUCCUGGCAUCAUUGUUUGGGGUUCAUUGCUUAGGGCAUGUAGAACACAUGGUAACAUAGACCUAGCUGAAAAGGCAGCCAACCAGUGUCUUCAGCUCGACCCUUCAAAUGCUGUGCCAUAUGUUAUGCUUGCACAUAUGUACGUUAGUGCCAGGAGAUGGGAAGAAGUGGCAAAAAUCAAAAAGUUGAUGAGAGAUAAGAGAGUGAAGAGGAGACCGGGUUGCAGUUGGAUAGAAGUUGACAAGAGGAUACAUGUUUUUGUAGCAGAAGAUUUUUCUCACCCAAUGACACGGAAAAUUUACGAGUUUUGGGAGAAGAUGUCAAAGAAAAUUAAACAUGCAGGAUACGUUCCAGAUAUCAGAUGGGUCUCAGUCAGAGAUGAUAGCUUAACGGAAGAAGAAAAAGAGACGAUAUUGCUGCAUCAUAGUGAGAAGCUGGCAGUUGCAUUUGGGCUAUUAUCGACUAAAGACACCGACCCUAUAGUUGUCAUGAAAAACUUGAGAAUAUGUGGAGACUGUCAUAAUGCAAUUAAACUCGUAUCUGCUAUAACUGGAAGGGACAUUACAGUAAGAGAUUGCCACAGAUUUCACUACUUCAAAAAUGGGCAGUGUUCCUGCGGGGAUUUUUGGUGAUACAUGUGUCUGUUUAUAGCUUUAAAAGGAUAACGAUUAGACGAUUAGAGUUAUGUCCCCUUAGAAAUUUGGAGAAUACAUAUUGGAACUUACUACUGAGAAAAAUGUACUGAACCUGAACAUCUCUUUGCCUAAGAAAACAAAAUCAUUUUGUGCUCCCGGGACAUAAUCCAGUGGUGCAAAGGAAUUUCAGCCUUACUGGAGCCGCAGUGUGAGGAUUUGAUUCCUAAGAUAUGAAAUUAGACUCUUUGUGGGUACUAAUGUACAUACAAGUUCUUCUUCCCUGACUUGUUGGGGGCACAUCUCGCA